AUGAAAAGAAGCCUGAAAAUAAAAUUUGACAACUCUGAGUUCUCUCAUAAGCCCUUUGUCCAACAACUCUGGGACAAGAGAGACCACUGUAGUAUCAGAAUACUUGAGACUGCCAUUUUUGGAGCUGAUGGUAAGCUUAAGCAGUGGUUUUUCAGCAACAGGAAAUUACGGCUACUCAAGAAGCAUGCUGCUAAUACCAGCAUAUUCACGUUAGAAAAUGCCUUUAUCAAAGAUGGACCAAAAGAUCCAGAAAUGUGCGCUAUCAAAAGAUCUUACCCGCCAUCAGUGUUGGAGAUCCAAACCCAAAGAGACAUUAGUAAAACAUUUGAUUCCUCAAAGCAUCCUCCGAUGAUAAUUUCAUAUGAUGAUUUCCAAAAGAUAUGUCAUAGAGCGCUUCUGCCGUCGUUAAGUUCUAAAGGAAAUGUCAUCUCUUUACAGUUAAUGAUCAAGCCAGCCAUGGAUGCACUUUAUAGAGUCAUCUAUGUUGAAAAUAUAUUCAUUAAUGAAGAAAAUGACCAAAUGGAUUGAUAUGAAUGAUAUUCAACUAGUUUUAAAAGCGCAUUUGGUCUUGAAGAGGUCAAAUCUCAUCCCGCUGAUGCUCAAGAUUAUACACCCAGUGCUGAAUAUAUGGAUCUGAUCAAUGAAAAUACUGAGAAAGCUAAGACCAUGACAUCGCAUUUGAUCAAUGAAGCGUUAGAGACAAAGUUAAAGAAAACAUCAGAUGAAGUGAUAAAGUAUAUCAAAUAAGUUCCAUAAAAUAAACUCAGCUUCACUUGAGUUUAUCAUGGAUAGUCAGGGAUUGCUCUAUUUGAUAAAUCUCGAAACUUCCAAUGCUUCAAUUAAGAAACGAGCAGCCAGGAGUAACAGAAGAAUUCGCCUCCAAAGCUCCAAGAUUAGAAGGAACAAGUUCUCAACUCUCAGACUUUCACAGGAAGGUAGCAGAGAGCAAUUAAGAUCUCGUGCCCAAAAUUAUAGUAAAAUCAGAAAGCAAUCCACCCCUCAAAUCGUUCCUAAAAGUCGAAAAUAUAUCAAAAAACAGUAUUCAAUAGAUCGUGAUGCUGCAUCUAACAGGGUAAAAAUCCUUACUUCCAAAUUAGGUUCGGCUACAAAAAUGAUAAACUACAUUCACAAGAACCAGAACCGGAAAGACCUGUUCAAUAAGGAUGUUCAAGAGGAAAUCAAGAAAGUCAACCAAGAGAUGCAGCUAAAAUAUGACAAAAUUAAAUAAAGAAAAGGAUUUUGAGUACCAAAAAAUCCAAAAGAUGGCCGAUGUCAGAGAAAAACUCGAGAAAGAACUCCAACAGGUGGAGCACAAAUAA